UCCCCUCUAGCAUCAGGGGCCAGGGAAGCUGCUCCUGUACGUGGCUGCAAGCGGGGUGUUGAGCAAGCGCUUCAACCUGCGGCUUUGCAGCAGAGUCUCGUUCCGGGCCCAGUAGUUACACCGUGGGCACCAUGUCGGAGCGCUUUGAUUGCCACUACUGCCGUGACGCGCUGCAUGGGAAGAAGUAUGUACAGAAGGAGGGGCGCCACUGCUGCGUGAAGUGCUUUGAAAAAUUCUGCGCCAACACCUGUAUCGAGUGCAAGAAACCCAUUGGGGCUGAUGCCAAGGAGCUGCAUUUCAAAAACCGCUACUGGCAUGAUAGCUGCUUCCGUUGCUUUAAGUGCUACACAUCUCUGGUUAACGAGCCCUUCAUGCUAAAGGAGAACAAUAAAGUUUGGUGUAGCAACUGUGGUGCUGCUGAGGGUGCAAACAAAUGCAAAGGUUGCUUCAAAGCUAUUAUUGCAGGUGACCAAAAUGUUGAAUACAAGAAGUCACAUUGGCAUAAGGAAUGUUUCACAUGCAGUCAGUGCAAGCAAGUGAUAGGAACUGGCAGCUUCUUCCCCAAAGGAGACGAGAUCUUCUGUGUCUCUUGCCAUGAAGAUAAGUUUGCCAAGCUGUGUUUUAAGUGCAAGAAAGCCAUAACUUCUGGAGGACUCACUUACCAGGAGCAGCCUUGGCAUUCUGAGUGCUUCAUCUGUACUGGCUGCUCAAAGCAGAUUGGUGGGAAGCGCUUCACAGCUGUGGAGGAUCAGUUCUACUGCGUUGAUUGCUACAAGUCCUUUGUUGCCAAGAAGUGUGUUGGCUGCAAGAGCCCCAUUACAGGGUUUGGAAGAGGAUCCACCGUAGUCAGCCACGAAGGCCAAUCCUGGCAUGACUAUUGUUUCAAGUGUACCAAAUGCUCCCGUCCUUUGGCUAACAGGCGCUUUGUCUAUCAUAAUGAGCAAAUUUACUGUGCUGACUGUCCCCAUAGACUGUAAGGAGCAGCUUCAGCCUUUGCUGUAAAAUGGAUCAGAGCCUUGCUCUUAUAACUGAGCUGCUGCUUCAGGGCCUGCUAAAGGAGCAGGAGCAUGCAUAUUAAACCCUGCCUUUUUCCAUUUUACAGAAGGGGGCAGCCCUCCAGCCCCACCAUAUUUCAGCUUGUUUGAUUUUAGACGUUAAGGUUCUGCAGUAACAAUUUACUCAGUAGUAAAACUAAUGUUGCUUUCAGGACAACCAUUAAGAUAAAAGCUUGAGAUGCCAGAACGUUAGGUAUAGCUAUAAAUAUCUAACCAUUGCCUCUUCUGCAUUAUUAGCACAGAGUAAAACAAAAGCUGAUUUUGUAACUUAUGGUGAAGUUUGACACUUAAUGAAAUAGUUUUUGACAAGGAACAUACAAAUCUUUGCACUCACUGAAACCAAAAAAAACCCAGCAGUGAGGAGAUGCAAUGAUCACACCCAGGAUCAUAGAUAUGGUGCUUCAUAAUUAUGCAUUCACGAGUACUUUAUACACAGACAUGCAGUUAGUAGCUGCACAUUAAUUGCCUUUGCUUAUACUAAACUAUAAAGCAACUUACAACAAGUAUAUGGUAUGGCUUUUGUUUAUCAUGUAUAGUUCAUGUUUUACUACUAUAGUUUAGCAAGGGAGAACGGUAAAACAGAUUGAUGGCAAUUUUAACUUAAGGUUUACUACUCCUGAUUUUAAAUUGGCUUGUCAGCGGGUUUUGCUUACCAGCUUUUUUACUUUAAUUAUGCUGUACCUACCUGGUUUACUGACUAUCUUCAAGAAGUUAUUCUUUCAAACAUAUAAUGAAUGUAUAUGCAUUUUAAAAACAUUGUAGGAGACCUCUACCAUGUCAACAAGUUAUUUUAAGAUCAUAUAAUAAAAAUUAGAUUAAUGCUU